AGUUGUGGACCCACCAUUUUUUAUGGUCAACCGGGGGAGGGGAAUCGAAUCUCCAUAUGCAGAUCUGUUCAUCUCGUAGCUUUGGGUUCCGAUUGACUCACCAACCCAAUUUGAAACACCUUGCAAGCCGCUGCAAGCCCUCCCCUGCAGCUGGUUCUUCUAGUUUUACAUCCAGGGGAAGCAAUAACAUGGCCGAUGGACCAAGCCGUGUGUCACUGGAAAAUAUGCAGCUGCUUUGUGUAAGGCUCGAUUCACUGGAAAGUAUGACAGAUAAUUUCUCUGAAGAGCGGGUGCUUGGUAGCGGUUCAUAUGGAAAAGUUUAUCGGGGGGAGCAGGAAGAUGACCAGAUGAUGGUUAAGGACACUGAAUUGAUAAAUGUCCAUCCCCUCCAGCUCCUCUUCUCUUUCCGAUCCAACAAGUCUAUCUCCUGCCCAUUUCAUGUAACUAACAACAUGGACGAUCAGCAUGUGUCCGUGAGGUGUGUCCCAAAACACGAGGAGGCAACACCUCACUACUACGAUCUGAAUCUGCUGGGCGGUACUGUGCCACCAAGGUCCACACACACCUUCGUUGUAACGAUGAAACAAGUGGAGCAGCCGCCGGCCAACAUGGACGUGCUUGACAUAGUCGUUGUACUACAGACUUUCCCAGAUAACAGCCGUGGAUUUCCUGAGGUGACCCUGAAGGCCGCCUGUGCAACAACGUGUGAGAAGACGAGAUCUGAGGUCUUACUUCAUUAUGAUUGUUAUGGUCUACUAAAGUCAAUGGAUGUGCACCCUACAGAGCCUUGGAUUUUGACUGCCUAUCAGGCACGGCUUGUCAUUUGGAACUACAAGACCCAGACAAGAAUGAUGGAGCGUGAAUUCCACCCUGGGUUUGCUCAUUCCCUCAGAAACUUCUCCUCUAGGGUGUUUGUUAGCAGCGUUAGUUUCUCCUCUAGGGUGUUCGUUAGCAGCGUUAGGUUUAUCGUGAAGUCGACGGAGCAAUUGUUCGUGGUGGGUGAUGAGGACGGGUACAUCCACGUGCAUGACUGUAUGACAAUGAAGAGAGUCAAGGAAUUCAAAGCUCAUGGCUGUGCGGUCACAUCAUUCGCCGUUCACCCGACUCAACCAUUUGUGCUGUCGGCAUCUCGCGACCAACUAAUCAUGCUUUGGAACUGGGAGAAGGGCUGGGUGUGCAUCAGGACAUUCACUGGGCACUCAGCCAGGGUGAACCAAGUCAAGUUCAAUCCGCAUGACAACAACACUUUUGCCAGUGCUUCCGGGGACGGCACAGUGAAGAUCUGGAGAAUUUUUUCUCCCACUCAUUUCACCAGCCUCAACUGCGAAGAGGGGCAGCGCUCUGUUGAUUACUAUCCCACGGGUGGUGAUCAGCAGCAGCAGCAGCACUACAUGGUUUCAGGAUCGGGAUGGCAGUUGAGACCGGACAAUGCGACGGCACGCAUCUGGGAUUUGCGAACACAGACAUGUAUCCGUGAAAUCAAGGGGCUCAACUCAUACUGUGAAGUUGGUGUGAUCGAUUGCCACCCAGAUCGUCCAGCAGUGUUGGUUACCGCAUCAGGCAGCUGUGGUGUUUCUCUCCAUGACUCCACAACCUACAGGUGUGAGAGAACGGUUCAUUUCGGUCUCGGCAAGGUUGUAUGUGUUGCAUACGUCAAGGGCAUAAGAAGCCUCGCUAUUGGACAUGAGCGAGGAGUUGCAAUCAUGGAAAUCGAUUGAUAUUUUACGAAGGUCCUCCCUCCUGCAAGGUAAUUGAGGAAUGGAGGAAAAUAAAGCUUGAGCAAUGGAGCAUGAAUUGCGUGUUUGAGUUAUGCCAAUGCAAGUUUGCUGCAGAGAUUGUUCUCAGUGGGGUUAUUCAGUUAUGUGAUCAGCGUUAUGUAUUUGUACUGUAGAAGUACAUAUUUUUGCUGUGUGCAUUGGAAUAUGUUCCGAUCUGUGAAACAUGGGUUCCCUUAAAAUUUACAUUUCUUCA